ACACUGGUCAGCAUCCACGCACACAGGACCCAUUGGUCCGGCCGUUAAACGGGCUGCUGCGAGCGCGAAUGUGAAGUGGAGUUCGGUAGCUUAUCUCCAACGGAAUAAUAUGGGAGUAGGAAAAGAGUAACAUCGGAGAGAAACUCAUCCGCCCGACGACCGAACUGUUGGAGCUGUUGCAGAAAAGGGCCUCCCCGGUGAGAACAGGGAGAGGCAAGAGCAAGUCCACCAACACCGAAGAAGAUCGGGGUGGGAAAAAAAGGGCGCCCAACCGAAAGCAAAGUUUUCUGCCUUUCAUCAUUUCAAUCACGCACGGGUAACGGAACGGACUGGUUCUCGGCAGUAGUAGUGACGAAGUGUGUUAGAGCUAGCAAUCAGAAGAAAACUGCGUUCAGUUGCAGUCCCUGGUCUGAUUCUAUUCGUCGGUGUUCGUCGUUAUCCGUUCCGGAGGACCACCACGAGUCAGAGUGAGCCGUCUGUUUUUUUUCCUUUUCUCUACGUGAUUCUAUCGCAGGAAUUCGUUCCCCACGCGGUUCUAAAUACACGGAUUAGCUGGAUUAACUGCUAGGACCAGAGACAGAGAAAGAAAAGAAAUAUACGGGAGCAAACGGAAGCAGUAUCCGAUUAGUGAGAUUUUCUUCUAGAUUAUUGGGAUAGUACGGAUUUGCAUUUUCGUCGAAACGAAGGAAAGUUAAUAAAAUUUCUUGGAAAGGAAUAGUGAAGAAGUGAUAUGCUAGGGUGACUUGUGCUGUGAGAGUAACGGAACGGGAAAAUUUGCUAAUUGAAGAAAAAAAAGAACAGUGACCAAAGUAAGAGCAGAACGGGGAAAAAAUGUGUGCAUUUCCAGCAGUAGUGGAGUUGAACGUCGGUGGAACCCCGUACGCGACCAGUUUGGAUACGUUGAGGUCGGAGGAGGGUUCAUGGUUGCAUGAAGUAUUCACUGGUAGCGCAGAUAAUGCGCCCAAGGAUAGUCAAGGUCGGUUCUUCAUCGAUCGGGAUGGAGUGUUGUUUCGGUACGUGCUGGACUAUCUGCGCGAUCCAACCCGAUUCAGAAUUCCUGCUGAAUUCCGUGAGCGGGACCGGCUACGUAAGGAGGCAGAGUUCUAUCGGUUGACCGGUAUGAUCGAAGCAGUGACCAAGGAUUCGGGUUGUAUCACGAUCGGCUACCGGGGUAGCUUUCAGUUCGGUCGCGAUGGAUUGGCGGACGUCAAGUUCCGGAAGAUUACCCGUCUGUUGGUCCAUGGACGGGUGGCGGUCUGUCGGGAGGUGUUUGGAGACACCUUGAAUGAAUCACGUGAUCCGGAUCAUGGAGGACCGGACCGAUACACGGCUCGGUUCUUCCUGAAACACGUGUUCAUUGAGCAGGCUUUCGAUAUGCUGCAGGACAACGGUUUCCGGUGCGUCGGUAGCUGCGGUUCCGGCACGGCCGGAUCGGUAAAUGAAAACCUAAAACCGGGAGUCGAUGCCGAGGAGAAUCGUUGGAAUCACUACAAUGAGUUUGUUUUUCUUCGCGACUAAAAGGGGUGAUUGGAAGGACGGAAAUUGGUAUGCAUUUGGAAUGGAUUGAUGACCACGGAUCCGAUAAAAUUUUUUUAUUGAAUAGGUACUAUGUUACCAGGCGAAGGGAUUGAAAUCAAAGUUUGAUUUUUGUGACCUUUGGUUCAUUAGUUUAGUGCAGGAACCUAUUUAGACGAAAAAAAAACCCACAUCAAACGUGACAUGCAUCGAUUUCGACGGUCUGGCGCGGUUUGCCAUAUAAAGCGUAAAGCCGAAGUUGAGUGAAUGGUGGUGGACUUGUUGAAAAUCCCGACGGCGUAUGAAGCGAAGAGCCACACCAUCAUCAUUAUCGCCUUUAUCACGAUUGCUGGUCGCAGUCCUUCCGGGAAUGAUGUCUGUAAAUAGCACCGUUUCAAAUUGGGGAUGGGGAUGGGAAUGGUAUCAAACCGACCGGAAGUGUGGUGUGUUGGGGAAUAAUUCGAAGCACCGAGACGGAACAAAUGGAAUACCCUUCGUCAUUCGGUUCGUUGUUCGGGAUGUCUGCUUUUCCUUGAACCCACGUCACAACCAACCGCUUCGGAACCUUUUGUUUGACUUGAAGCACGAUUCAUAUAUGCGUCACCGAAUCGAUCUUUGAUCUGGUAACGAGGGGGAGGGAGUUUGGGAACUUAUUGCCACAUCAUCAUUGAUUACGGGUCUUGUAAAGACGAUAGAAAGUUUUCUUUCGCUUUCGCCGCGUUUUAGACGGGAAUCCUAUCGCAUUUUCCAAUGAUGAAAUUAUCAUCAUCAUCAGCCAAGCAAGCGGUGCUAAUUUCUACACUACGAGCUGUCACCACUCAAAGUGGUAUAACCGGGAGGUGAAAAACACAUGGCUUGCUAGUGUUGGCUGCCAAGAUUUCAAAGUUCCUUAACGGAAAUGUAAGAAAUCAUAAUUUGAUUCAAUGGAACUUAGUUCGAACGGUACCGUGUUCUGAAUAACAGGACUAGAAGUUGGCCGUCGUGACUCUGGCACUGGCACCAAUGAAAGCAAUAGAACAGAAGAAUUCAAAUGUAUUUCCUUGUUUUCCAUUUGAUAAAUUUUAAUCUAAAAUAUUAACAUUUAUAUCGAGUGCCGGUAUAUCUCUCUUGAGAAACAAAACGAGUAUAAGCCAUUUCCACAACUGGCCGGUUUGCUGGAUGUGAUUGAUCCGACCUGUGGCUUCAAUAUUAGGAUCAGGUGGCAGGAAAAUACGGGGUUGCAUUUAUGAAAAUUUCUUUGUCUAAAAAAACAACCAUUGCUUUCCUGUACAAACUCAUUCAGGGUUACUCUAAAGUGAGUACAAUUUCACUCACUUUCGCAAAAAGUGCAACUACUAUAUAGUGAGUAAAGUAAGAUACGACUAAAGACGGUAUUUGUCAAAUUCAACUUAAGUCUAAGUUUAUUAAAUUAUUUGUUUAUUAAAAAUCAAUAAACAUACACAAUAUGGUUCUAAUGAUAGUUCCAAAUAAUACUUGAACAUGAUCAAACAUAUUUACAACUACCAUCGAAUAGUUUAAAACUUUAAUUUUUGACGGAACAGAACCUGCCCUCACAACUACGUUGAGAAACCUAGAACCUGGUCCGACACUUACAAGAAGUAGUUCAAAUAUUCGUUUACAACCUGUAAACGAUUGCUUCUACGAUCAAGUUGUUCAAGCACGGUUGUGCCAAAAUUGUUUGUCAAUUUCGGAACAGAGUAGUUUAGUUACUCAUUUUACUAAAUCAAUAUUACUCACUUUUUGACAUUUGAGCUAAACAAGCAACAGUGAGUACAAAUUGCUCACUUAACAAUAAAGCUGAACGAGCGCAGAGAUGCCAGAUAUUUCCAUAGAAAAUCUGUAUUUUUCUGAUUCAAAAUCUGUAUUUAUCUGUAUUUACUUCUAAAUCGAAUUUUCGCAAUUAAAUGAUGUUGAGAGAAUGUUAUUUAAACACUAUAUGAUUUUAGAAUGAGAAAUUCAAAGAUCGUUUAGUAUUCGUAUUCAUUCUCACCCAAUAUUCUUUUUCAUUCUACAAUGACGAAAUUAAAUGUUAAAUGACAGUUUCUCUUUGUUUACUUACUCUUUCAAUUAUUAGAGCAAAUUCAGCAGCUAGAAGUUCUAUAUGGAAGAUCUAUAAUAGAACAGAAACUGGUACAAACGUAUCCCCAGCAAGCCGUUCUAGUUUUAUUUAUUCGACCAGUUCUCGGUUGAUUUUUCAUUAGGGCGUAUAAGCAAGUGACAGUUUCUCUUUAAUCACUCUCUCUUUCGAUUAUUGUGAUGUGAUUAAAAAUAUUUUCUUUGAUAUCACUAUUCUGUUUGAAAGUCGAAAGUUUCGGGUAUCAUUUCAUGCAAAGAGUUGAGUGAUGAACGUGGAAAUCGCUUGGUAAUUAAUAGAAGAGAAAGUAAACAAGGAGAAACUGUCACUUGCUUAUACGCUCUUUUGAAAAAUUAACCGAGAGUUCUUCUGUCAAAUUUAAAACUGGUCUACAAUGCCGUUCUAGUUUUUGUAUAUUUGAAACACGAGUAAAACACUGUUGGGGCUGCCAGUUUUGCUUGUUAUAAAAUCCAGUUUUAAAUUUUGUAACUGGCAUAAAUUAUGCAUCUAGAACUAAAACACUACUGAAUAUGCCCUUACCGUUUAUUCCUAUAUUUUCCAACAAUUUCUUAACAACAGAUCGAAAGUCGAUGGGUUCAGUCACUAUUCUAGGUAAAGAGUUAUACUAUGUUCACACCUGCAGAAAACAACACCUUUUAACGAUAGUAAUAUUACUGUUCACACUUGUAUUAUGAUAUACGCAUGACAUAUUGUUUGUUAUUGAGUUUGUUUAUAAACAAACUGCAAAAUGUUAACGUCGCAAAUAUUCAGCACUUGUUAAGAAGAUAAAUUACUGUGGAACUUUACUGGGUUCCGGAAUUCUCAUAGAAUAGUUUGUAGUACUUCGGAAUAGGAAAAUCUACAGUGAAAAAAUUGAAGAUUGCAUUCCCGGUUUCAAGAAGCAUGGUUUUUCACAAUGCCUCGGAAAAAUUGGUAAAAAUAUUAUGUCAAUCGCUUCAAUUUUUCCACUUCUUCACUCAGAAAGUUUUCUUCUACGUAUUAAAAAGUCAUUUUUAAACAUUUGUUGGUUUUAAAUGUUUAUAUCACGUUAGUUGUCAACGUUUCGAAGGGUAUUUGCUUCGAAACUUUGGCCAUUCACGUGAAUUAAUAUUUUUAGCAAUGAAUUAUGUCUUUAAACAAAAAAAAACAAGCAUGGUUAUACAAGUUUCCUGUUCUGUUUUGUCAUGGCUACUCUGAUGGAAAACUGUUUCGAUAAAAGCUUGUCAAUUGACAUCAGUGCUGUCAACUGUUUUUUCCAAAAAUCUGUAUUUGGCGGAAAUAUCUAUCUGUACAAUAUCUUUCUCGAAAAAUCAAACAUCAAUUUAGUGCGGAAACUGAUUUUGCGACAAAAAAAAGGUCGCUCGACCUGGUUUACCUUUAUGGAAACCAACACAAAAACUGAA